CCACUCAUCGCCAAUCGUCUCGCCUCUCCCCUUCCUCUCCCCUCCCCACACUUCCAGAAAGGAGCCGGCGGCAGCGCGGCGAGAGCUCGGACCUCGGAGGAAGAGAGAGAGAGCCAUGGCGACCACCGCGGCCCUCCCCUUCUCCUGCGCCACCACCCUCCAGACCCUGACCCGGACCCUCUCCCCGCGCCGCUCCCUCCUCAUCCACCGCCACCGCCUCCGCUCCCUCGCCGCCUCCCCGCGGCUCCCGGACCGCGCCCGCCCCCGCCUCCGCCGCCCCGUCUCGGCCUCCGCCGCGCCCAACGGGUCCUCCUCCGCGGGGGAUUACGACUACGACCUCUUCACCAUCGGCGCCGGGAGCGGCGGCGUGCGGGCCUCGCGCUUCGCCUCCACCCUCUACGGCGCCCGCGCCGCCAUCUGCGAGAUGCCCUUCUCCACCAUCUCCGCGGACGACCUCGGCGGCCUCGGGGGCACAUGUGUGCUUCGUGGGUGCGUUCCCAAGAAACUGUUAGUGUAUGCAUCCAAGUUCUCUCAUGAGUUUGAAGAGUCUCAUGGCUUUGGAUGGACAUAUGAUACUGAUCCAAAGCAUGACUGGAGCACUCUGAUAACCAACAAAAAUACAGAGCUGCAACGCCUAGUUGGCAUUUACAAAAAUAUUUUAAAGAACGCAAACGUCGAUCUAAUUGAAGGCCGUGGAAAGGUGGUUGAUCCACAUACUGUUAGUGUGGAUGGCAAGCUCUACACCGCUAAGAACAUACUUAUAGCUGUUGGUGGUCGACCAUCGAUGCCCGAUAUCCCAGGAAUAGAGCAUGUUAUAGAUUCCGAUGCUGCACUAGAUCUGCCUUCAAAACCUGAGAAAAUUGCAAUAGUGGGAGGUGGAUAUAUUGCCUUGGAGUUUGCCGGCAUUUUUAAUGGCUUAAAAAGUGAUGUUCAUGUGUUUAUUCGGCAGCCGAAAGUUUUAAGAGGGUUUGAUGAGGAGGUGAGAAAGUAUUAA